GAGUCAUCAUCCCGAACACAUGGGGAACAUUGAUCUAGAGCGGCCGAAUCUAGACUUGGAUCUUUUUUUCUCGCUGACCGUUACUAUAGUAACAAGCCUGCGAUAUUGGAUCUUCUAACUUUGUGGGUGAAUAGUGAGAAACAAAUAGGGAGCGUAGUAUUUAAAAAAAAAUUCGAAGAGUGAAAAGUUUGGAAAAAGUUUCGCACUUACUUUCCAGGACGCUGCUCUUUCUGUUUUCGCUUUGAACUCUGUUCUACAAGGAGCGACAGUUGAAGCACGUGGGUACUACAGUUAUUGUUCCCAGUGCAAAAACAAUAAUAGACAUUCCAAAGACAAUUUGUGACUGAAUCUUUCCCACGAAGUUGUUUUGAAAAGCAGUUGUCUUUCUCCAGUUGUCAAGGACGAAAUAGUGAAAACUCUCCUCUUUGGUGAAAUCACCUCGUUUUGAUUGACGUCAAUUCUACUAUCUGAUAAACAUCCUCUAAAUAGAGUUUAUCAAUUAAAUAAAAGAUUCAACAUGUUGCAUUUUUUGCCGAAAUCAACUUUGGAAAGAGGCCUGAGUAUGGAUGCUUUACAGCAGCGUUCCGUUCCUUUCAGUGCCAUAACUAACACGAGCAGUUGUGGCACCCCCAGUGAAAGUGGAGACAGCCACCAGAUCAAAUUUACUUAUAAAGAAGGAUGCACACCAACAGCUUGUGCAUGCGUCAUUCUGGCCAUACUUUUUGUCUCCCUGGGAGCGGCUGCUGGAGUAUAUUUUGGAUUGCAAUUUCUGGAUUUGGGAAAAAGAACUGAACGAGUCUACAAAGGCAGUUUUGUAAUUGUUGGGGGGGACAAGUACACCUCUAACCUUGCUGACACACUGUCUGAAGAAUUUCAAGAGAAAGCGCAGGCUUACAAGGCAAGGUUGGACAAAUUGUACAACAACAGUGUGUACAAAAACAUCUACCUGCAGUCCGAAAUUUUGGCUCUGAAUAAGAAAGAUGAUGACAAAAACCUGAUCGUUCAUUUCAACUUGCAUCUUUCUCCUGAUCAAAGUGGACUGAGUGCUGCUGAUCUGUAUGUUGUCCUCUCUGAAGAAGUGAUGAGAUCCAGAACUGGGGUUUUCAGAGAUAUCAAGAUUGAUCAAGAUUCCAUUCAAAUUCAAGAAAGAAAACCUCCUGUGGAUGAUGUUCUGGACAGAUGGGUCCCUAGACGCCAAUAUCCUGGUUAUGUGGAAGGUUUAACUACAACCCCCAGCUCUGCUCUGCCUCGGAUCGUACCCAGACAAUGCUCACCAUUGGAAGUAUCGUUUUGCAAUUCUCUGCCUUACAAUACCACGUCAUACCCCAACAUCGUUGGCCAUAAUAAUAUGUCUGAAGUGAUGAAUGAUAUUGUGAUGUUCCGGCAAAUUCUCGACUUCGAAUGCUACCCCUUGGCUCAGGAAUUCGUCUGUCAACUUCUUCAACCAGACUGCGAAGAUGAUGAUAUAAUAAUGCCAUGCAAGGACUUUUGUGAAGAUUUUUGGAGAUCUUGCAAGAAGCUGCUACCUAAGAAAGUCAUCGACAAGAUUGAUUGUUCAAAGUUCCCGAAGUUCAGUGGCUACGGCACGUGUCAUCAGAAACCAGGAUGUUCUAAUGAGCUGCGAGCUUUGGGGAUGUCAGAUAGAUUGUGUGAUGGAGUUGUAGACUGCAAGGACUCCUCUGAUGAAACCAAUUGUGAUUAUUGCAAGCCUGGACAGUUCAUUUGCGGUGACCGCCAAUGCGUGGACAAGGACAGAAGAUGCGAUCUUAGAGAAGACUGUUUAAAUGGAGUGGAUGAGAGGAAUUGCAUGUCCAUCAGCCCAAGUAACUGGGGCACCAAAGAAAGCUUCUACUCUUACAGUAGCUCUGGAUUUUUACUUUACUCGGAUUCGGGCGAAAAUGCUCGAAUAUGCUCCGAUAAUCUCAAUUACAGUCUCCCAGAAACUCGGAGAGAUGUCAUUCUUCAAAGUCUGGCCGUCUCAACUUGUUCUGCCCUCAAUUUCGAAGUCACUGAAAAUGUUGAAAUGAGAAAAGAUGUUAAUGCAGUAGAAACUGAUUAUGUUCAGUUAUUGGAUCCUCUGGCAUCGAGCAUAACGUUCGUGCAAGUUUCUUGUGACAGUCAAAAUGUUGUUUACGUCAAAUGUGGAGCAAGUGCAUGUGGUCUGAGACCUGCACAUUCUGCUAGAGUGGCUAGAAGUUACGCAUUGAAUCUCCCAGAAGGAAAAUUUGGCGCUGUCCAUGGACAAUGGCCGUGGCAAGUUGCCCUUUUUAAGAAUGGAGAAUAUGCAUGCGAUGCAACACUUGUUUCAGAUGACUGGAUUUUAACAUCUACUGCUUGUUUUGAGAGUGAUCCACAUGCAGUAUGGGUGGCCCGAAUCGGUAUAAUACGCCUCUCUUCCAAGUCUCCAUUUGAUCAGGAAUCGAGAAUUACUGGGAUGGUCAAGUCCCCAAUUGGAUCUGGAGUGCUGUCAAUCUUGAAACUGGAACAAUCCAUAAAUGGAUCAGAUUACGUUAGGCCCUCCUGCCUACCAAGCCACAAUUACUCGCUUGCUGGAAUCCCUUGCAAUACGUUACGAUGGAGCGUUCGAAAGAAUCAUCUCUUUGAAGUAAAGUUGACCAUUACCGGCAAUGACUGCACUGAUGAAACUCUUAACAACACAUCAACCAGACAGAAAUUGAUUUGUGCCUUGGAAAGUGAUGUUAUGGAAGAUGAAGAAUGUCAGGGUGAUGAAGCUGAAGGUAGCCCUCUGCUGUGCAACAUCAAUGAUAAAUGGUACAUCCUUGGAGUGAGCAAUCAGAAAGUCACAUGCCCAAGCUCGAAUAAACAGAGAAGAUACCACCAUACCUUUGAGCACGUCCAGUGGAUUCGUCACACCCUGGAAUCAUUGAGAGUACAUUAACUGAAACCAUAUGAUUCAUGAUGUAUGCAUCAUUUUAUCACAUGCACUGCAUAAACUGUUGUUGUGGUGUUCAAACAAGGUAAUCGCAUUGGAAUCCGAUGUUGUCACAGAUUCUUAUAUUUAUGAAUUGUAAUUUUUAUUUGUCAUGGUGAUGAUAGAGUUUGGUAGAACAAUGACAACUCAGAUGUGAUGUAUCGUGUAUUCGAGAUACGUUAUUAGGAAAGAGAUUUCACAUUUAAGGUAAAAUGUUAUAUUUAUUGUGUGGUCUGCAUUGUGUCAAAUAACAUAUGCCCAUCAAUAUAAACACUUGAAUGCUUAUUACACAGAACAGCGUUAUGCUUUUAAAACUAGAGUUUUUUAUGUAUAUUUAAACUAUCAUAAAUGUAUUUUAGUCAUUUUAUGUUCAAAAUCAUCUCUUCAGUGUUUGCAGUUACGAAAUAUUUGUGUCAAAUAUGUUGAUAACAUGUUCACUUUAUCUAUGCUUGAACAGAUUUAGUUAUUUUAAUCUUCCCCACUGUGCUUUUCAUUUGUCUGCAUUAAAACUUUAUUUGCAUAUCUAUAUUGUCGAUGUGAAUGCAUUAAUGUACACUGUUGCUGGUUGUAUUAUGAAAAAAAUAUAUGGCAUGCUUCGUAAAAUAUAAUUUUCUCUGAUAUUAAUUUUAUUGUUCAAUUAGUAAAAUGGAUAACAAUAAGGAAAUGUCAAAGAUUAUCUGUUGGCUUACAUUCCUUAUUGCAACUUUAUUAAAAGCAAAAUUAGUAUUGAAGAAUUCUGCUGUCUCAUUUACCAUCCUUAACAUAAUAAUAUUAUUUAAUAGUCUUGUGAGGAAAAAAUAUGAUUUUUUUUUGUUUGUUUAUUCAUAAAGU